AUGUCCGAAUACACCCAAGAAAGGCUUCGAUCCCUACUUUAUAGGACUCAGAAGAAGAAAGGACCCCUCAUGCCACCACCGGUUUACCCUGUCACUAUCGACGAUAAUCUCGUCUUCCUCUGGAGAGCUAUCCAGCACUCGAAUUACACGAAGAUCGACUUCAACCUCCUCGGAAACGAUUUCGAACUAGAUCGUGAAGAGGCCCUCGAAUGCUUCAGAGAGCUGAGACGAGCCAUCGAAGACGCAGUCUACAACAAUUACAUGGAAAAAUCCAACGAAAAACGCGAGAGCGCUGGCCUCACGAACAUCCUUGGGCUUGCUGUUCGUCGUCGAAGGGAAGCUGCCAAAGCAGAGGCUGCUGCCGCUGCUGCUGAAGGAGAGUAUGACGAUGAUGAAGAGUAUUAUGAGGAAUAUGCUGAAAAUGAAGCUUCUCAUGCUGCUUCGGCGAUGGGUGAUUUUUCAGCUGCUGGUUCGUCUAGGGCUGGAGCUUCGGAAACUAGAACUUCCAAUAUUUGCUCUUCCAGCGCUGCUUCUUUGCCCGUCGGUACCGGUACCUCGAAAGCUAGUCCUUCCAACGCCAAUACACCUAAAGCUGGUCCAUCGCGUGUCAGUACCCCAGUCACUGAUAAUCCAAAGACUGGCACUUCUGAUGCUGGCACUUCCAAAACCGGUCCUACGCAUACUAGUCAUCAGAGUUCUGGUUCGUCGAAGCAAGUCUCUGGCCAGCCUGCCUCUGGGCCUGGUCCUCUCAACCCUGGUAAAUCGAACACUGGCCCUUUCAAUGCUGGUCGUCCAAAUACUAUACCUUCUAGUGCGGCUGUCUUGCAAUUCAGUGCUCGUCCUUCCAAUGGUAGUCAUCUGAAUGCCGGUCGUCCGAACGUCAGUCCCCCUAGUGCUCCGCCUUCCAAUGUUGGUCCAUCCAACGCGAAUAUUAGCAUCUCGAGAGCUGCACCUUUCAACUCUGCGCUUUCCAACAUUUCUUUGAACGCUGGUCAUCAGAGCACUAGCCAUACCAAUGCUUCCAAGGCCGUCAAUAAUUCAAUAAUGAACUCGGAGGCUGGACAGGCUUCAGAGAGCGUCAAGUUGGCACCCAUAAGACUCGAUCAGACCGUCAAUUUGCCCCUUCCACGGCUCACCAACCCUGCUAGCCUGACAUACAGUGCUGGAUCUUCAGUCACCCAGCGUCCAAACGUUGGCCCUUUAAGCACCCUCCCUCCCAGCGCCAUUCCAGCUCCUGGAACCCUCUCUGCUCCUCAAAUCGCUCGAUCUCCAACCGUUCCCGCCAUGCGUUACUUCCCUCCAAGCGCAGCCAGAGUUGCUGCAGCCACCAGUCUCACUUCGAUGAUGGUACCCCAAGCCCCCCAACCCUCCAACCAAACCCCGAGCCAGACCGAGGACGGACCUGUGGUUCUCGACAUAACCAGUCUCAGAUGCUUCUUUGGUGUCGUAGACCAAGGCGUCGGCCCAACUUCGCUUAACGAUAAACUUUUCUCCCGACCCGAUUUUUUCUUCCCUAUCAGAACCCCGACAUUCCCUCCAGACGCCUCGAGAGUGAACGAGUCACAAGUACGGGCGCCCAGGCCUUCUUUGCCUUCUUUGUCGUCAUUAUAUCCUGUGCCGUCUACGUUGGCUGGGCGCGCCUCUAGCCCCGCUACGAUAAAUAAAGGGAAGAAGCGGAAGAGGGCAUCUGUAUCUAGGAGUGAUGUGGAGGAAGAUAAGUCUGGAAAGGAUAAGGAUCCUGCACAGUAG